AUGGCUGCUUCUGGACCGUCGCCCGACGAGGGCGACAUCCCGACGGCGCCCACCAGCCCCGUACAUGUACAUGUACCUUCCGACUCUGAUACAACAACUGCCUCGUCUGAAGUUCCGUCCGCUCGCCUGCCACCGCGCCCGGUCCCCCACCCUCUCCCUCUCGAGACACACAACCAGACGGACGCGUCCUUCGAGCCGGUCGCCGUGCCGUCGAAACACCCACUCCCGAGCCCACGCAGCGCUCGGUCGCUGAGCUUGGCCCACCUGUCCGGUCCCGUCAAGCGGAAGCCGUUGUCGUCGACCGCCUCGCCGUUCGCCGUCCGCUUCUCAAAGGGGGCCGCCGCCUACGCCGACAUCUUGGCCGACCUGCCCAGGCCGGAACAGCGCUUUGCGCGAUCGUGCUCGCUCGACAGCCCGACCCUCUACGAGUUCCCUGACCAGCGGAGCCUGCUGGCUACCACCAGCUCGCCUCACACGGUCUCGGACUGGCCGCCGAGCCCUGAUACCAGCCAGCCAUCAUCUCCCGUCUCCGACCGCUCUUCUCGGCCUGCCGUCCCGCCUGUCGGGGCGGGAGCUGAGCAUUCGCGAGACGCCAUUGCCGGAGAGAACCCUGCAGAGGCUCAAACGUCGCACGCGCCGUCCGAAGACGAGAGUCUUAGCGCCGAGACAGCCAGUCUGACCACCCAGGGGUCAGUCCCGUACGAGCUCGACGACCUCUACUCUCUCCCGGGCUCUCCCCAGUCGCACGGAAGCAGGCGCACCGCCGUCGCCGACGCUGACCCCAAGACCAUGUCCAUGUUCACGCGACGGUCCCCCCCUCCGCAGCUCAACCUUGGGACAAACGCCAGAGAUGCAUCGCCCGCGGCACCGGCGACGCCACUAGGACAGACUACUAAUCUUAAUAAGCCACUUCCGAAGUCUCCAGCUUCCUCCAAACUCAGUGCCUUCUUUGGCUGGGCUACCUCGCCUUCGCCCACGACCACGACCGACUUCUCGGAGAAGAGCUACUCGCCCCUACCCUCACCCACAUCACCCAAGCAACCGGCAACCGCGGUGACCGAGUCGUGCGAGACCCCCGUCACCACCAGGAAGCCAACCUUCCCGAAUGUUGCACAGUCGGAUUCGCUGCAGUAUUGCGAAGUCUAUCUCCAAACACCCGCAGACAGCACCACAUCCCUCGGCCAGCUCGAAGAGAUGGAGGACGAGCUGAAAGCCAUCAGCGCCGAACUGGCCUCGUCUAUUCGGCGUGAGAUGGACUUGGAAGACCUGGUAGACAGGCUGCAGGAACAGAUCAACAACCCGCAGGCUCCCGGAAAAAGGACCAGCGACUAUUUCUCCGACUCGGGUUACAGCUCGGCCAAGUUCAGCGACUAUGACCAAGCAAAGGAGGAGAUCUCGCAGAUUCAGCGCAGGGCAGAGCAGGAAAAGGCCCAGCUCCGCCUGGAGCUGACCAACAAGCUCCAGGAUGAGCGCUCGAAGCGGCGGUUGCUGGACCAGCAGAUCCAGGAACUGUCCAAAAAGGCGUCGCAGCUCGACGUUGCCCGGCUUGACAGCGGCGACGCCAGCGGGCGGGUCAAGGAGCUCGAGGCGGCCUGCGAGGACCUCAGCAGGAGGUUGUCGGAGGAGCGCCAAGCCAAGACCAACCUCGAAGACCUCCUCGGCGCCCUCAGGGGAGAGCUCCAGUCGACGUCCAAUGAGCGAGACAACCUACGCGACGAGGUCGUCCCUCAGCUCAGAGCUCGCGUCGAGGGGCUGGAGGCCGAGGCGGCCGACCAAGCGCGGCUCGCCUACGACACGUCCAAAUUACAGCAGGAGCUGCAGCAGCUCAAGUCCGAGAACGCCGAGCUGCAGAUGCUCAGGUCGCAGAAGCCCGAGCCCAAGCCGCCGAUGGCGACACGCAUGUCGAUGGGGCUGUCGAGGUCCGCAUCCGUUACCGGCGGCCCACUCAGAAAGCACAACCGCCUGCAGUCCCUCUCGCGGUCCAACAGCACCAAAGUGUCCGAGCCCCGCGACGUCCUGGCCGACCGGCUCAAGGACGUCGAGGCGCAGCGGGACGCUCUGCACAGCGCGCUCAAGAGCCUGCUCGAGAGACAGGAACUGCAGAACCGCGAGAACGCCAAGAGAAUCCGACAGCUCGAGAUGGAGCGGGAUCGUCUCCUCGCCGCGUCGCCCAGGAAGGCCGGUUACGAGAGGGAAGUGUCGAUACUCCGCGAUGAGAUCAGCGUGCUGCGCCGCCGGGCCGAGGAAGCCAUCGAGCAGAAGUGGCAGGUCGAGAAAGGCCUCGCCGGGCUCAAGAUGGACCUGGACCGCGCCGAGGGCGAGAUUGCAUCGCUGCGGAGUCUCCUGCAGGAGAAGGACAUCCUCAUCCCAGAAGUUCCCGCCCGGCCAGGCAGCAGUCACAGCGAGCACGAUAUGCCCGUCAGCUCACGCUCCCUUGAGCAGGCGUACGAGGACCUGCAAGCCGCGUACAUGGAUGCGCUGGAGCGCAUCAGGACCCUGGAGGAGAUCACCCGGACGGAUGAAAAGACGCAGCUGGCCAUGCAGCGCCUCGAGCAAUCCCUCUCCGCCGCCAUCUCAGACCGCGACCAAGCCCGCAGCGAAGCCGACUCCUACCGCCAGCAGGUCGAGACCCUCCAAAGCCUCGAGCAACAACACCUCGACACGGAGCGCGACCUCGCUGCGCAACUCCACGAGUCCGCCCGCCGCGUCGAAGAGCUCGCACAGCAGGUGCGCGCUCAGCUCGAGGCCAACGCUGCCCUCCGCGCCCGCCUGGCCGACACCAUCGCGCGCGGCGAUGCCGAGCAGCGGGUCAACAAGGAGCGCAUCGCCGGCAUGCAAGCCCGCCUCCGCACCCUCGAGGAGCAGGUUGUCGCGGCGCAGACGAGCGCCGAGGAGCGCGUCGCCCGCCACGAGGAGGAGAUCCUCGCCCUCAAAGACGCCCACUCCGCACAGCUCCGCCGCCUGCGCGACGCAACGGGCGGCCGGCGCCCGGUUCUUCCCGCCCAACGGUUCUUCCCGCCCAAGUCGCCCCUCUCCCCCCUGUUCAGCCUGCGCUCUCACCAGUCUGACUCCCAGCCGUCUCCCCGCAUGUCUACACCUCCUGCCUUGUUGGGUGUGGACGGAAACAGCAGCCGCUCCCGUCAGCGCUCCACCGCCGCCCUCCGACGCGCGACCCUCGAGCCGGCGGACAAGGAGGGCGAGAACAUGGCGGCCCAGGUGCAAGCCCUCAAGGGUCGUGUCGCCGAGCUCGAGGGCGCGCUGGCGUCGGCCGACGCCGAGAUGCAGGAGGUCGUGGGCCGCAUGAGCGCCGCCCAGAUGGAGGUGCUGCAGCUGCAGGAGCAGCGGGAGGAAGCCGUCCGGGAGACGAGGCGGUUGCAGAAGCUGUUGGAGGCCGAGAGGGUCGCUGCUUUUGAGAAGCGGUGGAAGAGCCUGACGACCGAGGUCGCUUAA